GCUGCCGCCGCCGCCGCCGCCGCCGAGGCUGGAGCGGAGAAGCCUCCCCUGCCUCCGCCUCCGCGUCCUCGGCCGCAGCGCGAGGCCGCGCGGCCCGCCGGGGACCCCCGCGGCCUGCCAGGGACCCCCGCGGCCCGGCCCUCCCGCCUGGACACGGGCUAGGGGCAGCGGCAGCCGCCCGGGCGGGCAGCAUGGGCGUCCCGCCGCCGCUGCUGCCGCUGCUGCCGCUGCUGCUGCUGUGCUGCGCGCCCGGCCGCGCCGACCCCAGAAGAGCCGUCGGCUGUGACCUGCAGCCGGUGACGGAGCCACUCGUCACUCUGUCCUACGCCACGGGCACGGUGCCCAGGGGCUGCGUGAGCAGCAGCUCGCUGAAGACGGCCCAGGAGGUGCACAUCCUCAGCAUCGCGGCGUCCAAGGCCUCCGCGUUUACGCUCAACGUGUUGGUGGUGCCGCGAGCCGGCGGCUGCACGCGGCGAGCGGUGCUCAUCCUGCGCUGCGCGAGGUGCUCGGCCACCGUGACCUCGCUGUGCCCGAACCUGCUCGUCCGCACGAACGCCAGCCUGAGCCCAGUGGCCAACGUGUCCUUGCUGGGCCUGGAGCUCCCCGAGGACGCCGGGGAGCGGGAGCUGCUGCAGUGGGCCCGGGGCACCUACGGGGGCAUCACAUCCUACAGCGAGCUGCGGGACCCCCGCUACGUCCUCCUCCGCCUGGGCGAAGACAGCGGCAGCCCCGAGGAGUGCGUCCCGCAGGAGCGCUUCAACGCCACGCAGCACCUCGAGACCGAGGUCUUCUUCCACGGGAUGAAGGGCUGCUCGAGCGGCACCGCCAAGAGCACCAGGGCCCACAUUGUCCGGCUGCAGUCCGACCACAGCUCCACCAUCACGGAGGUGAACCUGUCACUGAGCUGCACUGAGGCGGCCAUGAGGAACCAGAUCCUCAUCCUGCAGAGCCGGGUCAACCUCACCUGGUCCCUGUCCGUGAACAACUGCCACAUACAGUUCCUGGUAUCCGGCACCUACAGGAUCGCAGCCAUGUCCCCGAAGCUGCUGAAGGGAGAGGUGCUGCCAGACACGGAGCAGGGCCUCAUCGCCAUGGCCUUCGAGAAGAACUACGGAGUCAUCGCCUCCUACUCCACCAUCCCCCUCAGCACCCGCGUGACCCUGGAGAUCCAGGAGCACGACGUGGCCAAGGAGCCCCCCGCGACGCCGACCCCCACGUCGCCCCCCUCCGACAUGUUGUCCCACACCCUGCUCCUCAUGCUGCAGCCCUGGAAGUGCACGGACGACACCAUGGAGAUCGUCAUCGCCCGGUCCCACCUGGAGCCCAUCAAGGACGUGGUGAACAUCACCCUGCGGGACAUCAGCUGCCAGGCGGAGAAGAACGCCACCCACUUCAUGCUGAGAACCCCGCUGAGCCACUGCGGCACCUCGCUGGAGAGCAAGGGCCACGCCAACAACGAGCUCAUCCUCAGCCUGUCCAAGGGCUCGUCCCUGCGGAGCGUGCCGGUGCCCUUCCAGUGCAAGAUCCCCCGGGAGCUCUUCCUGCGCCUCUUCCCCACGGCCGCCUUCGAGGCGCCCCAGACGGAGCUGGAGGUGAACAAGGAGGCCUACCUGCAGGCCUCCAUGCGCUGGGAGGACUACCCGGCCGACCUGCAGCUCAAGGAGUGCUGGCUGGAGGCGCCGGGCGCCGAGCCGCUGCUCCUGGUGCUGGCCAACAAGGCGCAGGGCUCCGGCGUGGCCGCCCUGGAGGGCUCCCCCAGCAGCCGGGUGCGCAAGGUCUGGCGCUUCCGCUUCACCUACGCCGUCCCCGAGGGAGGCCGCGUGCCCUUCUCCGCCAGCCUCGCCUGCAAAGCCGGCGUGCAGAACACCACCAUCUUCGAGAAGGUCCUGGAGGUGACGGUGAAGGACGUGUGGCGGCCGCAGAACAACCGAGGCCUGGGGCUGGCCGCCGUCCUGGGCAUCACCUUCGGGGCCUUCCUCAUCGGGGCGCUCCUCACCGCCGUGCUCUGGUACAUCUACUCGCACACCCGUCCCAUCUCCAAAACGCAGCCGGUUUCCGCCACGGCGCCGGCCUCGGAGAGCAGCAGCACCAACCACAGCAUCGGCAGCACCCAGAGCACCCCCUGCUCCACCAGCAGCAUGGCUUGACGCCCGCCGGGCUCCUCCUCGCCCGCCUCCCCGCUGCCAACGGCUGAGCACCCCGCGGGGCCACUGCGUGUUCGGCAACGCCCGGCUCCCACCCGCGGGACUUCGGGGCACGGCGGCGCGGCCCUCCGGCACCGUUAAGCCUUUUUUCUCUCCCCAAAAAACUAAGGGGUGCCGGACAGGGAGGGGGGUGUCCCGCCGCUGCCGUUAUGCAUUCAAUGAAUGGUUUGGCUUCACCAGGGCGGCGGGUGCCAGCGUCCUCCCCCCCAUCCCACCCAACCGCCCUGGGCCCCUAUGGGGAGGCGGAGAGGGAAGAUAGGGGCAAAAAAGGGGCCUCCCGUGCCCCAAGCACCGGGACGCUCCCCCGGGGGCUUUCCCAGCUCCAGCGACACCAGGCGACGCCCCCCACGAAGGCAUCGGCCCCGGGCUCAGAGCAGCACGAGGUUUAUUGGUUUUGGACUGCAGCAAGGCGGACGGCGCGUGGCGCCUUGCCGCUCCUCUCCAAACUAGGCGAUUUGUAUAAAACAAAAAAUAUAUAUUAAAAAAAAAAGGAAAAAAAAAAAGGGGGGGGGAGGCCUCCCAUCCAACCCAUCUUCUGGUCAAAGUUGCAAACUCUUAAUAAAAAUCUACCCUAUGUUAAAUUA